GCGGUCGCUCGGUGCCAUCCCCGGUGCUGGCGCCGCCCGCAGCCUCCCCGGGGCUUCUGCCUAUUUUAGUCACAGCGGCGGCUCGGUGGCCGCGGCGGGAGAGGUGAAGAGUGGCUGUGUUUAAGCGCGGACUUGUCCCGUCUUGUACGGACAGGGCGCCCGGCAAACUUUUCCGAGGACGCGGAGAAGGAGCGUCCCAAGAUGAGUAUUGUAACAACUAUCCCACUCACUGUUACUCCACUAGGUUCUGUUCUAGACUUAAAAAAUGCUACCCUUGUGCCUUUCAACGAGACUGCGUGUGAAAACUGGAAAGAGAUUCAUCAUCUUGUUUUCCAUGUGGCAAACAUUUGCUUUGCAGUUGGGCUGGCUAUUCCGACUACUCUGAACCUGCACAUGAUUUUCCUCCGAGGCCUGCUCACCAUAGGGUGUGCAUUGUUCAUCAUUUGGGCUACUCUCUACCGUUGUGCCUUGGACAUAAUGAUCUGGAAUUCUGUGUUUUUGGUUGUCAACCUUUUACAUUUCAUAUACCUAGUGUAUAAGAGAAGACCGAUCAAAAUAGAGAAGGAGCUUAGCAGCCUCUACAAGAGAAUGUUUGAACCUCUCCACGUGUCUCCGGAGCUCUUCCGAAGAUUAACUGGACAAUUCUGCAACAUUCAGACUUUAAAGACAGGUCAAGCCUAUGCUGCAGAAGAUAAAACAUCAGUUGAUGAUAGGCUAAGCAUCUUGCUGAAGGGGAAAAUGAAGGUGUCUUAUCGAGGGCAUUUUCUGCAUAAUAUUUACCCCUGUGCCUUUAUAGAUUCUCCUGAAUUUCGAUCAACACAGAUGAACAGGGGUGAGAAAUUCCAGGUCACCAUUAUCGCAGAUGAUAACUGCAAGUUCCUGUGCUGGUCCAGGGAAAGGCUGACCUAUUUUCUGGAAUCUGAGCCAUUUCUUUAUGAGAUCUUUAAGUAUCUUAUUGGCAAAGAUAUUACAAACAAACUUUAUUCAUUGAAUGACCCAACCUUAAAUGACAAGGCUUCCAAAAAGAUUGAUCGACAACCUAGUCUUUGCUCACAGCUCUCUGUGAUGCAGAUGAGAAACAGCAUGGCCAGUACCAGUGACAGUGAGGAUGGCUUGCAGAUAUUUCUUCGUGGGACUUCCUCUGCAUCCUCUCUUCGCCCAGGCCGGACAUCUCCCUACCUGAGAACUUCGACAAAAAUGAAGCCAAUAGAAGAAAGUGUUGAAGAUGAUGUCUUUGAAGCACCAUCUGCUGAUAAGCUUGAACUCCAGCAGCUGCCUUAAACAGACGUGUAUCAGAGCUUUUACAAAGCUCCAGUGCAAGAGGAAGAAGUUGAAUUUAGGAGAAAUCUGAAAGCUAAAACGACCUCUCCAUGUUUGAAUUUACCACAGCAUGUGCCAGUGGCUUCUAGAUGGAAAUGUCAUGUUUUAAUUUACUUCUAAAUAAUAAAACCCCCCAACUUGUAUGGAAUUUAUUUUUGUUUUCUGGACAUGAAUAUUUGCCUUUACUUUUACUCUUGCCAUUGUAAAUUUAAUACUAAGUAGCUGGCUAGCCUGAAUUUCAGGAGACUUAUUCAGUGCAGAAUAUCCCCAGUUUCAUUAACAUUGGUUUCUUGGAAGCCUGGAUCUUAGUGGUUUUCAGUGGGAGAUUUUGAAACUGUAUUUACAAAGCCAUGUUGCUGUUGUCUACCAUUAUUGUGAAAGUCUGAUGUGAAACAGCACACCUACUCUUCUGCACCUUCUCUAAUUCUGGCAUUUCCCAACCUCACAGCUUGACUCUACAAAUGUAGUAAUGACUUUUCUUUUUUUUUUUUCUUUUUUUCCCAAAUACUUAAAUUUCAUGUUGUCUGUCCAACCUUAACUUUUUCUUCUUUCUCUAUUAUGCUGAAGUUUAUGCUUUUCCUUAAUCUUAGCCAUGGAAUGAUUAAGCUGUUCUUGAUUAACCUUUCCAUGCAGCACUACAUGAGGUAAAAAUGAUAUUCAAUGUAGGAAAUCCAGUUCAAACCUCAAAACUGGGUAGCUGCAAGCAUGGUAAAAGUAUCAUAAUGGGAGGUAUUGGGAAAUUAUAAGGGGCAAUUGUAGUAGCAGCCCUGGCUGUGAUACAUGGAGACAUGCAGGUGGUAGCUGCCCUUCUGUCUUUUGAUUCUUGCAAUUUGUUAUACAACCAAUACUGUAUUUCCACUGAACAUCUCAGAAAAUAGAUACUGUGCCAUCUACUCAAUUGCACAGAAUUCCAAUACAGACAGGAAUAGAAGUUUAGCAUAAACCCUCAAGCAGUCAGAAGUGUCAGAAUCUGGUUUUGCUCUGUUUUCUGGCACUCUGUUUUAAUUCUAAAAUUUAUUCUGACUAAGCACCUUUGGAUCAGCCUGCAUCUGACUUAUAUAACCCACUUAUUCACUCUUCAAAAGCUUGUGCAAUAUCAAAAUGUGCAGGUAAAUGAUUGGGUAGUUUGACCUGCAUUGUCAGCAGUCCUGCUUCUGUGAACUUAAAGCCAGUGUUGAAUAUUACAUCACUAUGUCUUGUGGUUUGGUCAGUUUUGCAUUGUACAAAAUGUCAUACUGAGGUGAGACAUACUUGCUAGUCUGUGUAAAUAGAUGUAAAAUAUCUUUAUACCACACAUAUCCAAAGGAGAGGACAUUGGCUUCUGUUGGAGUUGAUGUUGUUUAUCAUCUGAAUCUGUUCUGAUGUUAUGAAGGAUUUUCUAUGUAGAAAAUAGCAGCUCCUUCUGCAGGUGUUAUAACUUCAGCACAAGUGUUAGUUGGAACAGCUUUUAGAGCCACUAGUUUGAUAAAACAGGAAGGAGAAGGUACAAGUCUGGGAUUCAGCAACUAAAACAGGAAUUCAUAGUUAAAAUUGUACAAUAUUUUUAGUAGCUGAGUGUUAAAUACUAGCAACUGAACAGAUUGCACCAUGAACCAAAAUACAGUAGAAAACAAGAAAACAAUACAUUAGAAAAAUAUGAAAUGUUCUCCAUGCAAUAAAAUAUGUACCAAAGCAGAAAUAUAUAUCCUCAUAACUCCAGGAACUAUUUGGUGUAAAUCUGUUUGAGUUUUCUGAUUACUUGUUUCUUUUAAUAAAAAGAAUACAUGCAGAACAUUUCAAUAGGAUAAAUUAUAGAAAUAUAGACUUAUUAAGGUGGUGACCACUGCAGGCCAUCCGAUGAAGCUGCCUGCUCAAAGCAGGGUCAGUUUCUAAAUGAGUGAAAAUGUUAUAAUGAUGGAGACAAAAAUACUAAGAAGUGCUGUUACAGGAAUGUAUCUCCGUGUGAGGAUCAUAUGCCUGAAAUGCUUACCUGGCUUUUGGAUCAUAACAGAACCAGAUUUUGUAAGUAAAGCAAUUCUGUAUUUUUUUGCAGGUUUUAUAAAAGCUGCUCCAAGUAGUUGAUUUCACGUAAAUAACACAAUGAUGAGAGACUCUCAGACCAGUGGAUGAAGAAUUCCUUGCUCUGGGCAGUGGUUUUGAGCUCUGCAUUAGAAGUGAUGUUUUACUCCCAGUCCAGAUGAAACAGCCUAUGUGGAUAGAACAUGGCAAUUCAGAGAAGGGUGCAGCUACAUGAUGGGUAGUGCUUAGGACUUAAAAAAAAAAAAAUUAAAUCACAUAACAAACUCAUUUGAACAGGCUGAAUAUAUCCAAACCCCUUUUCCUCCUUCCUGGAUUGCAAACAAAAGUUCUUUGUCUCAUAGGAAACAAGUGCAUUGUUGGUUCUAUGUCCCCUGGGGCAGGGGUGUACUUCUGAUGAUGCCUCUUUCUUGGCUGUGGGGAAGGUGAGAGAUGAAGUGGGAAAUAUUUUACUGAAAAGGACACGUCCUUGUCCUGAUGUAAUUUUCUUUACUUUGGCUGGUUUUUGGACUCCUUUGAAGAGAAAAACCAAGCUGGUAGAAGAGAGCUUAUGUAGUUUAGCAAGUGAAAAGCAGACUGGCUAAAAUAAAACCAGUAGUUUUCUUUCUUCUU